AUGGGUAAUUGCUGUGCGACGCCGGUUGAUUCUUCAGAGAAGGAGAACAAGGCGAAGCAGAAGAAGGGGAAGAAGCCAAACCCCUUCUCGGUUGAGUACAAUCGAACGCCGAACUCGGGCGGUUCUAAGCUCAUCGUUCUCAAAGAGCCCACUGGUAGCGACAUCGGAAGCCGCUAUGAGCUCGGUGCCGAGCUCGGAAGAGGUGAGUUUGGGAUAACAUAUCUCUGCACUGAUAAGGAGACGAGAGAGAAGUUCGCUUGCAAGUGUAUUUCCAAGUUGAAGCUCCGGACUGUUGUUGAUAUUGAGGAUGUUAGGAGGGAGGUUGAGAUUAUGAGGCAUAUGCCUCCUCAUCUUAAUGUUGUGAGCUUGAAGGAUACUUACGAAGAUGACAAUGCUGUUCAUCUUGUCAUGGAGCUCUGCGAGGGUGGAGAGCUCUUUGAUAGAAUUGUUGCAAGGGGACAUUACACUGAGAGGGCGGCUGCUGCGGUUACAAAGACCAUCGUUGAGGUUGUGCAGGUGUGUCACAAGAAUGGAGUGAUGCAUAGGGACCUUAAGCCUGAGAACUUUUUGUUUGCCAAUAAAAAGGAAACUGCUGCUCUUAAAGCUAUUGAUUUUGGCCUAUCUGUAUUUUUCACUCCUGGUGAACAAUUUACCGAGAUUGUCGGAAGUCCAUAUUACAUGGCACCGGAGGUUUUGAAGCGCAAUUAUGGACAAGAAAUUGAUGUAUGGAGUGCUGGAGUCAUAUUAUACAUUCUGCUUUGCGGUGUGCCGCCAUUUUGGGCAGAAACGGAACAGGGAGUUGCUCAAGCCAUUAUUCGGUCUGUUAUAGAUUUUAAAAGAGAUCCAUGGCCUAAGGUUUCCGAUAGUGCCAAAGAUCUUGUCAAGAAGAUGCUUGAUCCCAAUCCAAAGAGGCGUUUAUCAGCUCAAGAAGUGCUAGAUCACCCUUGGUUGCAGAAUGCCAAGAAGGCUCCAAAUGUGAAUUUGGGCGAGACUGUUCGAGCAAGACUUCAACAAUUCUCUGUGAUGAACAAGUUCAAAAAGAGAGCUCUCAGGGUUGUUGCUGAGCAUCUAACUGUGGAAGAAGUUGCAGGCAUAAAGGAGAUGUUCAAGAAGAUGGACAUAAACAACAAUGGAAGAAUCACUCUUGAGGAGCUCAAGUAUGGACUUCAUAAGCAUGGGCACCAGAUUCCGGAUGCAGAUGUGCAGAUAUUAAUGGAAGCUGCUGAUGUUGACGGAGAUGGAACUCUAGAGUAUGGGGAAUUUGUGGCUCUUUCAAUUCACCUGCAGAAGCUGGGCAAUGAUGAGCAUCUUCAUAAAGCCUUUGCCUUUUUCGAUCAGAACAAGAGUGGAUUCAUUGAGAUUGAAGAGCUCAGGGAGGCACUUAAAGAAGACUUGGGUUCCAACAGUGAGGAAGUUAUCAAUGCCAUUAUCAGUGAUGUGGAUACUGACAAGGAUGGAAAAAUUAGCUAUGAGGAAUUUGCAGCAAUGAUGAAAGCAGGCACAGAUUGGAGGAAGGCAUCAAGACAGUAUUCUCGUGAAAGAUUCAAUAGCCUCAGCUUGAAGCUGAUGAAGGAUGGAUCGCUGCAGGUAAAAAAUGAAAACAAGUAAGAAGAAGAAGAAGACAGAAAUCCAAACAAGCUAUCUUCUUUUUAUGGAUUGAGUUUACGAGAUUCAUUUAAGUUCUUUUUUGGUUCUAAACGUAGGACCAUUUUAUUCUUUUCUCUCUCUUCUGUUUAGUUCAGUAAGAAGCUGUUUAAGCUUUCCAUUGCUGCUGGAGCUUAAGCAGCUCUUUGUGUAAGUGUUACAUGAAUGAUCAAAGGGAAAAAAAAUGAAAAUGGGGCUGGCUGUAAAUAUGUGAUGCUUACCAAGAAUUUGGUGCUCUGGUGACAGAAAAAACUUGGCCCUUUGUCUCUGAACUUCCUGGUGUGUUCAUCCUUUUAUGUUUUCAGCUUUCUUCUGUAUUUAAUGAGAUGUAACAGUGGUGAGAGGACUAGUAAUUCUUGGAAAUGAGUUGUAUUAUUUCUUAUAAUUCAGGAUAUUGUUCUAAAUCCUAGCUGAGCUUCCAUUUUCUUAUUA